CACCUUUUGCAGAGUGUCAGAGUCCAACUUAGCAUAAUUAAACACUUUUACAUAACACUCAAAAUAAUAGAAAGAUGAUGAUGAAGCAAUCUUUCUUCCCUUUAUCACUUCUCCUCCUGUUUCUCCUUCAUUGCACCUCAACCCAAGCCCAGCCGGCUGCUGCUCCAGCUGCACCAACUCCACCAAGCGCCCCAACAAUAGCUCCAACUCCACCCAGUCCAAUGACCCCAAUCGUAACCAUUAAUCCACCCCCUAUUGGAGCUCCAAUUCCAUCUGGCCCUACUAACGUCAUAAAAAUCCUUGAAAAGGCAGGCCGCUUUACUCUCCUAAUUCGCCUUUUAAAAUCCACCACUGUCAUUAACCAAAUCGAGCAUCAGAUUAACAGCACAAAUGGUCGGCUCACCCUCUUUGCACCAACCGAUGGUGCAUUUUCUAGUCUCAGUUCAGGCACUCUCAACUCCCUCACCGAUCCACAGAAGGAGUCGUUGAUUCAAUUUCAUGUAAUCUCUUCAUAUAUUUCGUUACCACAGUUUCAAACAGUGAGUAAUCCACUGAGAACAAAUGCGGGAGAUAAUAGUAGAUAUAGAUAUCAGCUUAAUGCGACCGCUUAUCCCAAUUCAGUGAAUAUAUCAACAGGCCUCACUAACACUAGUGUGUCUGCGGUUGUAUAUUCUGAUGGCCAGCUUGCCAUUUAUCAAGUUGAUAAGGUGCUUCUUCCUUGGGACAUUUUUGGAGCUAAGCCUCCUCCAGCAACCGCUCCCGCUCCCGCUCCGGGACCUGAAAAGCCUAAGAAGGUGAAGCCUGCGGCUGUUGCAUAUAGUCCUGAUGAUAGUAAAACAGAUGCCGCCGAUGUCUCUGGCGCUAUAAGUCUCACAAUGAACGUGCAAAAUGUGGUAUUGUUCGGGGCUGCUAUCGUUGCACUAUUGAUCAAUUUUUCUUAACUUUAAGAGGAUAAGCUGGGUUAUUGUGUCCAAUUUCUGUAAUGGACUCAAGUAUGAUUAUGAUUAUUCUCCAGAUUGAACGAUGGUGAUGGAGUCUUCUUUUUACCAAUAAUGUGCAGACUUGCAAAAUUCACGCUUGUGUUUGUGAUAUUAGAUUUUUCAUUAUUCUUUGUUAUUUAAUUUUUUUUAAAAAAAAAGCUGAGUGAUUUGAGUUUUU